CUCCGCCCGGCCCGGCGGCGCCGCAGCCGGCAGCAUCGCGGCGGGACUGCCCGGGGAUGCAGCCGCGCUAAGAACAAAAGCCCUCUGCGCGCUCACGCUCCGGGGCUUUGAAGCGGCGCGGCCGAACUUGGAUCUCUGCCGCCUCGCCCGAGCCACGGCGGCGUCCGGGGCUGAACUCGCCGGCGUCUUCCCCGCACGCCGCGGGCAGUCGGGGCUCUCCCGCCCGCCGCCCUCGCCCGCCCGUCCCGCCGGGGCUGCCCGCGGAGGGGGCCGCACCCCGCGCCCCCCCGGCCGCCUCCGCGCCGCGGGACCUUGGCUUUGCCCUUCGCGCGGCAGGUGGCGGGGCCAGCGGAGAAGGAUGCGUGUCUUCCCGUGGGGAUUUUGGCUGCUGUGUGUCGCCUCCGCCCCGGCUCGCGCUGACAGCGGCAGCAAGGCGAGGAGCUGCGCCGAGGUCCGGCAGCUGUAUGGAGCCAAGGGCUUCAGCCUCAGCGGCGUGCCCCAGGCCGAGAUCUCCGGGGAGCACCUGCGAAUCUGCCCACAAGGCUACACCUGCUGCACCAGCGAGAUGGAGGAGAACUUUGCAAACAAAAGCCAAAGUGAAUUUGAAGCCAUGAUGAAAGAGUCUGGUCGCUCUGUACAGGCGACCCUAACAGCUCAGCACAGAAGCUUUGACAGUUAUUUCCAGGAUUUGUUGAACAAGUCAGAAAAGGCCCUUUAUGAUGCUUUUCCAAGCAUGUAUGGAGAAUUGUACACUCAAAAUGUGAAGGUCUUCAAGGACUUGUACAGCGAGCUGCGCCGCUACUACCGGAGCUCCAACAUCAACUUGGAAGAGGCCCUCAAUGAGUUCUGGACACGCCUGCUGGAGAGGCUCUUCAAGCUGCUGAACCCCCAGUACCACAUCACAGAUGAGUACCUGGACUGCAUGGUGAAACACGCCGAGCAGCACAGACCCUUCGGGGAGGUGCCCAGGGACCUGAAGGUGAAGGCAACCCGAGCCUUCAUCGCAGCGCGCUCCUACGCACAGGGCUUCCUCGUGGGCAGCGACGUGGUCAAAAAGGUGUCUCAGGUGUCCCUCAGCCACGAGUGCACUCGUGCCAUCAUGAAGCUGAUGUACUGCCCGCACUGCCGGGGCAUGUCCAGCGUGAGGCCAUGCAACAACUACUGCCUGAACGUCGUGAAGGGCUGCCUGGCCAACCAGGCAGACCUCAGCACCGAGUGGAAGUACCUGAUGGAUUCCCUGAUCGGGGUGGCUGAUCGGAUCGACGGACCCUACAACGUGGACACUGUCAUAGGGACCAUUCACAUGAGGAUCGCUGAAGCCAUUUCUAACUUGCAAGAAAACAAAGAUUCAAUCACGAGCAAGGUAUUCCAAGGCUGUGGAAAUCCCAAAAUCAGCACAAAAGGCUCCAGUAGCGAGGACAAGAAGAGACGGGGGAAGGUGACAUUGGAAGCCAAAUCCUCUGCGCAAGCACUGGAGAUGCUGGUUUUAGAUGCGAAAGGGAAUCUGACAGCUCUCAAGACAUACUGGAUCACCCUGCCCAGCAGCCUGUGCAGCAAAAAAGUAAUGGCCAGCUCAGCGUCGGAUGACAAGUGUUGGAAUGGGAUGACCAAGGGCAGCUACCUGCCCCAAGUCAUGGGGGAUGGUUUGGCUAACCAGAUUAACAACCCAGAGGUGGAGGUGGACAUCACCAAACCAGAUAUGACCAUUCGCCAGCAAAUCAUGCAGCUAAAGAUCAUGACAAACCGGCUGGGCAACGCUAACAUCGGGAAUGAUGUGGAUUUUCAAGACACAAGUGACGACAUGAGCGGCUCUGGGAGCGGGGACAGCUGUCCUGAUGACGUCUGUGGCAAAAGACUUUCUAAGAGCCCCAGCACCAGGCAGCCAGAAACAAACGCUAUUCCUAAGCAGUCUGGACACGGCGUCAAUGGGGCCAGCAGCAGAUCUUUGCCUUCUGCCUCCCUCCUCCUCCUCCUCUCGGUGGCUGUCAUCGCCGCGCAGCAUUUGUGGCGGUAACUCACUGGCACAGCCAGGAAACAGACUGCGGCUGAGGGCUUCACUUUGCCAAAACCAACCAACCAACCAACCAACCAAAGGACAUAUUUAAUUCACCUUGGCAAAAAAAAAAAAGGAAAAAAAACAAAAAAAGGGAGGAGAAAAAGGUUUCAAAAGGUUUCAGUUGUUUGCUAUUUCUGGCAGUGCUCGAGCUGUUUUCUUCUUUCUUGGUCUUUCCCCAGUGCUGGGCCCUUCUUUCCAUACCUCAUUGUUUUACUUUUGUUAUUGCCACAAACUGGCUCUUGGGGCUGAAACAAGCCUUUGCAGAGGGCUCCAGGGGAACUUGGCCAACCCCUCCGAGGGCAGCUGUCCUGCUGCCUCCAGUGGAAUAUGCAAUUGCCCUGCCCUUGUUCCCCAGCCGCGGGCCAGAGCGCCGCUGCUGACAGCUCCACAGUGUCACAGGCAGCGCUGGCUCCUAACGCGGAGAGACUGGGAUCUUUGGCACAGCUCACGUGCUGCAUUCAGGGGCUCUUUCAGGUUCUUCCUCUGUGCUUCCUAGGUGGGCAGAGAUGGCCCUUCACUUCCAGUGGUGUACGUAGGAGCGUGAGCAGGUUUGGUGGGUUGAACUGAAAGAGUUUGGCAGUGGCUGUUGGACCCAAAAAUGCAGAACUCCCUUUUUCUUUGGAAAGGUCACAAGUGGGUUUCUUGACUAGAGCUCGUAGCUGACGACAAUUUGAAGUGUAGGUUUCCUACAUCUAAGUGACUGGGAAUGAGUGUUAGGGGUUGGGGUUUGGGGUACUUUUUCUUUGCAUGCUAGUUGGAAAGCCAUUUUUUACCCAAGUAACAAUGGUCCAAUUUCUACCUGCAGUGCAGUACCAUCGUAGGUAACAGAGAGAUGCAAAUAUGUACAGAGGGAUUCUCUGUGUGGCAGACAGUUGUGCUGCCUCCUCCUUCUCUGGCCCCAGCCAUGGACAGGAAUCUGGUUUUUUUCUUUGUAAUAUGAGAGACCAGGGACACUUUACUAACUGGAGCUUUGGGACUGGUUGUGCCCCAACCUUAGGGCAGAGAGGGGCUGGUGGGAAUCACCAUCGGCUCUGGGUCCCUAUCCAGCACUGGCUCAAGGCAGCACCUACCAGGGGGAAUGUGAGGAUGGGAAACAUUUUGUUUGGGAUUUCUUUUUACCUUUAGUGUUUGUUCCAGUUGCAUUGUAGGUUUUUAAUGGAUUCCCACUUUACCUGUUCCUUCCCCAUCAUCCAAUACACCUUCCCUAACCAGUGCAGGCACAGGCUGAGCCAGCGGGUCAGACACCCACUGGCAGCUCUGUUUUGGCUCAGGGGAGGGCCAGGCUCACCCUUUGCUGCCCCGUCCCACCACUCACCAGCCUUUGGGUGAUGUGGGUGGCUGCCCUAACUCCGAAUUGCUUGGUAGGGUGGGCUCUGUGCCAGGUUUUGAGACUGGGGGUGGUGAGUGAAAUUAUAAAUGUCCUCACGUAGCUGUAGGAGUGUCUGUGCUUGUUAGGGCUGUGUGUUUGGGGCUUCCAGAGGCUUCUGUGCCUGAUGAGCAGCAGGCGUGGGCUGGAGGCGUAGGUGUAGCAGAUGUUAGAUACAACACAGUCACUGUGACUGCUUGGGCCAAGAGCACAGGCAGGGGUUGGGUUUGAGCUUCAGAUGGGUUUGUAUUGGGGUGAGAGGGAGGGCAGAGCUGGGCCUGUUUCUUGCUUUACUGGUCUGCACAGCAUUUGAGCAUUUCUUCUCUGUCUUGCCAGAGGAGAAGUGCCUUUGGGCUGAGCAAACAUUGUAGGGUUGGGGUUUGGCUGUUUUCUAAGGAAAAAAAAAAAAAACCAUUUUUAACAUUAGCAGUUUCUAAAGUGUGCAACUUAGGGAAAGAUGAGGACAUGAGCAAGGUAAUGCAGAAAGCCAGUUCAAGGUGCUCUCAUUUCCUGCCCUCCCCGGGGCAGGGAUUCCACCUGGGGCCCAGUGGCGGCACUGGGGGGGGCCCUCAAACUAGGCAGAGAUUUUAGGCCAGCUUUGACUGGCCUUUCCAAGUCACAAUGAUUCAUGUCAAUGACUGCCCAUCCUUUCUGCCUUGGCCUCACCUUCUUGUAAGGCAAAAUCAUACCUAAUCUGGUAGGGUGUCAGAAACAAACACCGGGAUGCUGGACAAUGGCUGAAGGACAGACUGUACCACUAGAACCAUCAGAACCCUGGAGAGGAUAAAUGUAAGUUGUGGUUUUGUCUAAGUUUAUUUACUCCUAGACAUAUGGCAAAUUCGUAUGAUUUUUACUGCUCUGAAGAGUUCCUAUAUUUUCAAUUUUUUAAAAUCAGACUUGCAAAUACAAAUUUAACCUUCAGUUACAACAAUCCCCACAACCAAUCUUGCAGAAGCUUUACAUCCAAAGCAAAAAAAAAAAAGGGGGGGGGGGGGUGAGGAAGAAUUAAAACAUUGUACCCUGUUCAAAACACAGUGGGGUUGGAGUUUUAACACAUGGAUGCUGAGGCCAAUGUUUUGCUUUGCAGAAUGGGAGCUUGAAUGUCACUUCCAUUUCUGUGCAAUUAGUUUUUGCUGUCUGCCUGUUAUCCUCAAAAGCUUCUUAUGGUCCCCUUCACAUCUUAAAUGUGAAGCCAGGAAUUUGCUGAUUAUCCAGUUACAAUUUAAUAGCCCAAGCUAGUGGUUCUUUUACAAGAAAAAAAACCGGAUAGUGCAAAUUAAUAAGGCAAAACCUCAGAGAAACAGUAAAAUCUGUUAUGCAGGGGAGACCCUUCCUGAUGCCUUCACCACCAGGCUGGGGUUGAGCUCCCAUUUCCACAUCCCUCCUGACCCUGGGAGUGGCAGCUUCCACCCUCCAGAAGCCAAGCCAGGGUGAGACCAGGGCAGCAGCCUGAGGUCUGGGCCAGCAGGCAAGGGCAGUGCAGGGGGCUCGGUCCCCUCUGUGCCAAGAGAUGGACAAUGGUGGUGGUGACGCUUCCUCCUCGGCCCUGCAUCUGCUGGGGUUGAUUUUUAUAUCUGUCCAUGGUCAGCCUACAUUGCUGCUUUUUGUUGGUCCUUGGUUACUCAGUUUUUCUGUUCUCUCUUGCCCUGAAGUGGUUUCCCCAGCUGCUGCCAUUAAGUGGCCUGGGGAGGAGCCACUGACCUUCCCCAGGAGCUGAAAUGGCUGAGACCCCCAGGAUUUCAACUGGGUAUCCCUCUAAACUGAAGCAAACCAUAGUUACUGCUGACUAAACAACCACUGGUGUGGCUGAACAAGCUGAAAUCAACCCAGGUCCAGACAAGCCCCGAGCCUGUGGUCGGGUUGGUGCAGAACCUGGGGCCUUUCAGUGCUUAUAAAUGACAUUUCCUGGGCUACUGCCUGCUGGAAAACACUGUGACACACCUCCCCAGCUCCAUGGCUGGUGGCUGCCCUGGGUUGGCCGCAUGAGGGGAUCUCUGAGGAACUGGGCUAGCUGGGGUGAAACAUCUGCUUCAGUGUUAUCAAGAUGGUGAUCCAUGGUGUUCUGGUGUGAACAGGCCUCGACAGGGGUGUGAAGGGGGUGGUGGUGUAGGAAAAAAAAAUUUACAAAGGCCCCAUCCCUGGGAAGGGGAGAACCACAAGUGGUGGAUUUCCUGGUGUCUCUGUCUUUCAGCCUGCUCUUUGUGCCAUAACGUGUAUGUUUUAAACAAUGGUGAGGGUCUCAAAAGGCUUUGAGAGCACAGCUACUUCUCAUUUAGAAAUGACAAGCUGCCUAUUGUUUUCCGGUGGGCUUGGUAGGGGCUACGGUAUAGCAGAAUAUCUGAAGUCCACCUUUGCUUUAAACAGAUGCAUUUCUAUCUGCAGGAGUAAGAAUUAUUUCACUUAUCAGCAUAGCCGGACAGUUAUCUAUUUCUUUCUGUUACCAAGGUACUUGUAACUCUCUUGCACUGUUUAUCUAAAGUUGAAAUAUGUUCUUUGAAUCCUUGUAUAAAUAAAAAGGCUGGAGACAAAUCUGUAUUUACAGGGCAAUUAUUUCUUCUCUAUUUAAGCUGAGUCUGGCAUUUUCUUUCUUUUUCCCUUGUUAAGGCCAGGAUAGGAGUCCUGAGGAAUGAAACCAUGUUUCAGCCACGAGUCUACAAUGGGCUGAUGCCAGUGUUGGUGAUAGGGAUUUGCCUGCAUUGCUGUACUGUUCAGAGGAGCAGCUGCUGGGUUGUAUGGAUGUGUGUUUGUGGGAACAAGGUGAGCCUGGCUUGAGUCAUCAAAGCAAGGAUCCUAAGUGGUCUCUUUCUCAUCUAGAAGCACAGACAGUCAUGGCAUAACAGUAUAAAGAAUCAGAAAUGCCCUUGGUAUUCAUCUUUACAAAGUGUUGUGGUAAUUACAGACCAUGGCUUUGCACCAGUGCAGCUACUGGAGGGGCUCACAGCAAAUAGACCAGUGAGGGGGAUGUUUGAUCACCAGUAUGUGCUUGAGACUGAAUUGGUGCAGCAGAAAGGUUUGUGCUUCAGCUCUGUCCACUUCCAGAAGUGGGUGACUGUAGCUAUCAGGGUGACGCGUUGGAAGCUGCUCGUGAAAUGUCUAAGAGAGACUUGGUAACUGGAAACUACUGAAAGUGUAUCCUUCUACCCUGGAAGCAAAUAUCAGCUAAAUUUAAUAAACUGACUGAUACCCUUGA